UCUCUUCACGUUCAUCCCGCGAGCCAUCAACGAACAAAUCGAAUCGGAACGACGGAAAUCGCCUCCAGAAUCUCGAUCCCAAUCCGAAGCUCGACGUCGAUCGCGCGAAUUCGCGGUUCCGCCCGUUCGAAUCGCAAAACCCUAGCGGCGGUUCAUCGUCUUCCCGGAAGAUCACCUCGUCGCGCUUGCCGCUGUAGUUUUUUCCCGGUUGGAUUCCGCGGCUGAGCGGGAUUCGAAAGGGGGGGAGGGAAGGAAGGAGGAUGUCGUUCGAUCUGGUGCUGAAGCCGACGUGCGGCGGCUGCGGGUCGGCGGCGGACCUCUACGGGAGCAACUGCAAGCACAUGACCCUCUGCUCCACCUGCGGCAAGACGAUGGCGGAGUCCCGCGCCAAGUGCUACGACUGCGGCGCCACGCUCACUCGCUUGAUUAGGGAAUAUAAUGUCCGAGCUAGUCCCGGCAGUGAAAAGAACUACUUCAUCGGUAGAUUUGUCACUGGUUUACCGAAUUUUUCGAAGAAGAAGAGCGCGGAGAAUAGGUGGUCCGCGCAGAAGGAAGGGCUGCAGGGGCGGCAAGUUACGGAUGCCUUGCGGGAGAAAUAUAAGAAUAAACCCUGGCUUUUGGAGGAUGAAACGGGACAGUCUCAGUAUCACGGCCAUCUUGAAGGUUCCCAAUCAGCUACUUACUACCUAUUAAUGCUUCAAGGAAAGGAGUUUGUUGCUAUUCCUGCUGGUUCUUGGUACAACUUUAACAAAGUUGCACAGUACAAGCAACUUACUUUGGAGGAAGCAGAAGAGAAAAUGAAGAACAGGAAGAAAACUGCUGAUGGUUAUCAGAGGUGGAUGAUGAAAGCUGCUAACAACGGAGCUGCUGCCUUUGGUGAGGUUGAGAAAUUCGAAGACAAGGAAAGUAGUAGUGGAGGUGGUGGUGGGAAGGGACGUAAAAAGACAAGCGGCAACGACGAUGAAGGUAACGCAUCAGACAAGGGAGAGGAAGAUGAAGAAGAAGAGGUAGCUAGGAAGAGUAGACUAGGACUCAACAAAAGGGACGGUGAUGAUGACGAAGAAGGUCCAAGGGGAGGGGAUCUAGAUUUGGAUGAUGACGACAUUGAAAAGGGUGAUGACUGGGAGCAUGAAGAGAUUUUUACUGAUGACGAUGAAGCUGUUGGGAAUGAACCACAUGAACGAGAAGAUUUGGCACCUGAAGCUCCUCCUCCUCCAGAAAUCAAAGAUGAUGACGAUGAGGAUGAAGCAAAUGAAGAAGAAGGAGGACUGAGUAAAUCUGGAAAAGAGUUGAAGAAGCUGCUUGGACGAGCUAGUGGGGUCAAUGAUUCAGAUGCAGAGGAAGAUGACGACGAUGAGGAUAUGGAAGAUGAGGUUGGAUUUUCACCUGUACUGGCCCCUAAACAGAAGGAAGCCCCCAAAGAGGAACCUGUAGAAGAGAGCCCUUCAAAACCCGUUCCUUCUGCAUCUGCUAAGGGAACUCCACCUACUUCUAAAUCUGCCAAGGGAAAGAGGAAGUUGAAUGGAGAUGAUGCUAAACCAUCAAAUGGUGCACCCCAAAAGAAGGUGAAGACGGAAACUGAAGCAAAAUCUUCCGCAAAAGAUGAAAUUGUGCCCACUUCUAAAAGCAGCAUUCCCUCUAAAGCUACACAGUCAGAUUCGAAGAGUGCGUCUACGCCGACCGGACCAGUUGCAGAAGAAGAGAUUAGAGCAUUCAUUUUGCAAAAGGCGCCUGUUACCACACAGGAUCUUGUCGCUAAAUUCAAAGCUAGACUCAAAAGCCCUGAGGACAAGAAUGCCUUUGCCGAGAUCUUGAGGAGAAUAUCCAAGAUACAGAAGACCAAUGGAUCUAGCUAUGUCGUGCUGCGAGAUAAAUGAUAACUUUGUAUAGAUUAUAAGUCUGGUCGUGGAUUAGCUGGAUUUUGUUGAUUGUAAGAAACGUUAAGGAAGAGGAUGAUGACACAGAAAUUGGGGAUUGAAAUUGUUCCUCUGUGAA